AUGUUUCAGUACGACGAGAGCCUUCACGGCGGGGGCUACAUGGAAGGCGGCGCCAUGUACCACGAGCACCGUCUGUCGCACCCCCACAUCCCGCCGGUGCACUACCCUCCGCCCGCUGCGCCUGCGCACGCGCUGCCCGGCGAGCCACUCGUGCACAAGCGAGACAAGGACGCCAUUUAUGGCCACCCCCUUUUCCCCCUACUGGCGCUGAUCUUUGAGAAGUGUGAGUUGGCGACUUGCACGCCUCGCGACCCCGGCGUGGCGGGAGGAGAUGUCUGCUCAUCGGAAUCCUUCAACGAAGACAUAGCUGUCUUCAGUAAACAGAUACGCCAAGAAAAACCAUAUUACAUUGCGGACCCAGAGGUUGACUCUUUAAUGGUGCAAGCGAUACAGGUCUUACGGUUUCACCUGUUAGAAUUAGAAAAAGUGCACGAGUUAUGCGACAACUUCUGCCACCGCUACAUCAGCUGUCUGAAGGGCAAGAUGCCCAUCGACCUGGUCAUCGACGAGCGGGAGACGCGGCCGCCCGACAACGGCGAGCGCUCCGCCCCGGACAGCAGCCACGACGGAGCCUCCACCCCCGACGUCCGGCCGCCGUCAUCUUCCUUAUCGUACGGUGGUGCGGUGAACGAUGACGUCAGAUCCCCGGGCUCCGGCGGCACCCCCGGACCUUUGAGUCAGCCCCCGCCGCAGACGCUAGACCCUGAUGCAGAUGCCAUGGGCAAGUGGUGCGGGUCGCGGCGGGAGUGGUCUUCGCCCCCGGACGUCGCGCGACGCGUCUACUCCUCCGUGUUCCUCGGCAGCCCCGGAGAAUACCCAGGCGACGCCAGUAACGCGAGUAUCGGUUCAGGCGAGGGUACGGGGGAAGAAGAUGACGACACUAAUGGAAAAAAGAACCAGAAGAAAAGAGGAAUCUUUCCGAAGGUGGCCACCAACAUACUCCGGGCGUGGCUGUUCCAACACCUAACGCAUCCGUACCCUUCGGAAGAUCAGAAAAAGCAGUUGGCGCAAGAUACAGGGUUAACAAUACUACAAGUAAAUAAUUGGUUUAUCAAUGCGAGACGUAGGAUAGUCCAGCCGAUGAUUGACCAGUCCAAUAGAGCAGUAUUCUAUCCUGCAGUGUUCCCGCACGCGGGCCCCAGCGGUGCGUACAGCCCGGAGGCCACCAUGGGCUACAUGAUGGACGGGCAGCAGAUGAUGCACAGGCCCCCCGCGGACCCCGCCUUCCACCAGGGGUACGCGCAUUACCCCGCCGAGUACUAUGGACACCAUCUUUAA